AGCAGCCGCCUCUUCUUCUCAGUCUGUGCACAGCUCUUAGUUCUUCUUGUUCCCUUCUCCACGGUUUGAUGUCGAUGACAGAAUAAUGACAAACUGUGCUCAGUGGUAGCUAAUAGAAUUAGAUCGGAGCGGACAUCCUCGUAUCAUUCGUCCUCGGAAUGGACGUCCUUCAGGCGAAGAAGAGCGCAGGGAGCGCGGAGGAGAAGUACAGCGCGGUGGCCUAUGACACGGCUCUGAGCACCCUGCUGGCCGUGGCUGUGUACGUGCUGGUGAAAGUGAGCGUGGACGGAAUCCGGCAGUGGCGGGCCAGGAUCUCGGUGCUCAUUGUGGGUUCUGGACCCGUGGGGCUGACGGCCGCUCUGGUAGCCGUACGCACCGGGAAGGUGUUAAAACUGACCGUGCUGGACGAGAGGUACCGAACCGCGCUCAUCUGCCGACCACAGCAAAUUGCCCUGGAUUCACGGAGCGUAAAGUUUCUGCUGGGACUCGGAGUGGACUUCGAUAACAUGGAGGGCUGUUGGCACAACGAGCACUUCUUCACCAGGAUAGGCGUGUUCCAGGAGUACCUGCUCAGCAUCCUGGAGCAGACGAAGCAGAAGGUGGAAGUCAAGGUGCAGCUGGGAACCAAGUUUACAGAGUACUAUCUGCGUCACAUCCCUCGCAAUGAAUGGCCAGAUGUAAUUGUGGUGGCUGAUGGGUCGUGUGGUGACUCCUGUUCCGUGCUGGGGAUCAACUCCGAUUACGUGAUGGAGUCAUGCCACGCCUAUGGAGCAAAUGCAACUAUAGAGAGACUAGACCAGCGUCAGGUUCCCACUCCUGAGAUCCGUGCCCACAGUCUCUACUUUGACCUGUCAGCGUACGGAGUGGAGGCUCUGCGAGAGCAACGCAACCCGACGGCCAAACCUGGCUUUCACCUAAAGAUCUAUGGCACCUUCAGAAACCGCUACAUGGCCCUGGUGUGCCCCACUUCUGACAGCAAGAUGGUCCGAUUCCUUAGGCACACAGCCAACUCCUCUAUCAUGAAGACCAUUUUCCACCAGUCCUUCAACGCCUGUAAGACUGAUAUAGAGCCUCGUCUCAGUGAUAUGACGUGCCACCACAUGCAGUGCAGCCGGCGUCUCUUUGAGAUUCAGUUGUCACACAGGCGCAUCAGUGCUGCCUAUAUCGAAGGGGACAACGUGGCAGUUAUUGUGGAGGGGGAGGCAGCACGUGUCCUCAACUUUGACACAGGUUGUGGAGUCAAUUUAGGCAUCCGUGGUCUGGAGUCACUGGGCUCCUUCAUUUACAGGACAGCCACUGCUGUGGACCAGAAUGACAUUUUAAAGGCUCUGUCAGAGAAGAUGCAGCAUUCUCGACAGUUGGAAGAAACUUUCAGGCAGACGGGACUGGCUGAAACAAUGUAUCAAUGACCCAGAAAUACAUGCUGCCUAAUUCACAAUGCUACCUGUGAACAGUGUUAAUAGGUAGAAGUCUGUCGACCAUUAAUGGACCAAUAGCAGUGAUAAUAGUAAGUCUGAGUUGUAAAAAGUUUCUGUGACGUUGAGUUUUUAUAAUACAAGGAGCAAACGUAUUGUCUUGAUAAAAUGCUUUGAUUGUUACUACAAUGUAACUUUGAUCUCUUGUAGUAAAAUAGUAAAUACUUCAAAGCUCCAAGACUCCACACAUGUGCUUGCAUGGUGGACUAUCUGCCAUAACAGACUUGCGCUGGUUAAAGAAAAACAUUUUAAAAAAAAUAGACAAAACAAAAGGUGAUCGAUGUUUACUCAACCACAAUAUUUGGUUCUGUUCUCUGUUUAUUGAAUAAGAGUUUUUUUUUCUGUCAUCUUAUAGAUACUUAUAGUUGUAGUGCUGAUGACCACCCCAAGUGCUUUACACUUCAAGUGCCGAGAAAAUAUAGGAAUUUAGUACGUGACAAAUUCUUUGUUUUGCUGUGUCCAUGUGAGUGCUGCGGAGAGUGCUGGGACUCUAGGUAGAUAUCUGGCAACAUUUUGGAUUUAAAACUUUAAAGAGAGAAAGGAGCUGGAAAGAAGAAGAUCUGUUUGGAUUUCAUCCAGACUGCCUACUGGCUAAAACAUCUUAGCCCCAGCUAACGCCACUAGAGAAGCCAUUUGCAGCGAAAAUCUUAUGCCCUAACAACACUGAUUACAACAAUGGCAUCCAGUAUUAUGUAAACAUGUAAGUGAUAAUUCCUCACAUGUUUGUAUAAGAGACAGAUACUGUUGCAAGGCCGCUGAAGACGGUAAGAGUUGCUUUGUCUACGAGAUUACAUUUAGAAAUUUUAACAUGAAGAAUUUAUUUCUUCUUCAGGAUAAGGUUAGGUCUAUUAGAAAUUAAAGUGCAUCUCACUGCAUAAGUUGUCCAACAUCUGGGGGUACUCAGUUUAGGAUGUCCUUGACCUGCUAUGUUUUGUGGUUAGGUUGCCAUCUCCCAAAAACGUAUUACAAAAACCUUGUUCCAUCAUUCCCACGUACACAGUUAAAACUCACCAACUAGUUCAUACAGGAGCAAGUUGUCUAGUGGAGUGGAGGAAUACUUUGUCACACGGUGCCAUAUACUGACGACGUCUCUGUUUACAUUCACAACAUACAUCGCAGUGUGCUACAUUCACUUUCUUUCCUUUGUGGUUUUUUGGAAACUUUUUGCCCUUCGUUGUAUUUGGUUGUAUUUUGGGACAAACUUUUAACCUACGUGAGGCCAUCACUUGGACAUUGCUCAUUCAAUGUCUUUAUAAAAUGAUGCUAAAAAGCCCAAAAAUGUGACAUUAAUAUACCUUUUUCUUUUAAAUCAAGCAUUUGUUUUGUUUUGUUUGUUUUUGUUUUGUAUGAUAAUAUUGUACUAAUGUAAUAAAUAAAGGUAUUUAAAGUGGCUUUUUUUGUGUGAUCACUAUUUUUGGGGAUUUCUGUUGGCAUCACACUGUACAUUUUCUUUUCAUAUUUUCUUUUCUACAGAGAAUCUAAGUGACUUAAAUAAUACCCUUUAAGAUUAAGAUUAUAAAAAGGAGACUGUGCUAAAGAUAAUGACGUCAUGUUCCUUUUAACCUGUCAAUAAAGACUAACUUCACCACCUCAGGCAAAACGGCCUUUACUCGAGAGAUCCUAACAGUGAAUAAGGAUUGACAAUCCAACCUGCUGUAAUUCCUGCUUGUAAUUGAGCUGUGUUUUUAUUUCCUGUCAUUGGUUGUAUUGGCGUGUCUUACUGUUUCAUUUCUAGGACAUAUGAUGUCGUAAUUUCAUGCACCUCAGUAAACUCAGUGUUCGAAGUGCGUGCUGCUUAUAGUAAUCCUGAAAGCCGGGUAAUGCUCUCCCUCCUUUCUCUUUAUUCAGCUGCAGUGACCAUGAAGCUCAGGGUUAGGUCUAAACAACUUGCU